UAGAAGUUGAAAGGAAAUGAAUUAGUAGAAGCAUUGGCUGUGUGACAUUGGAUAGGGUACUGUCAGCGGGUACUGUCCUGCAAUUGUGACCUCAAGAAAUUAAAGUCAUUUUCUGAUCCCUUAGCUUUUUAAUUUCACCAUCCGUAAGGUACAGACAUUACUGAUAGUGUUUAUGGGUUUUAGCAUCAAGACACCUGGAAGAUGGAGUAUCUAAAGCAGAUUAUACCAUUGUCAGCCUUAAAUGCAGUGAAGAAUGAGCUAUGCAAGAAUCAUACUCUAAUGACAAUUGAACACUUACUGCAGGGAUCACCAUGGGCUAUGAAAAUGUUUGAUUCAUCUACAAAAUUCCCAGAGGGAGUACUGGAGGGCUCCAUUUUUCACUUGGGAAACUAUGAUGAAUGUUUGGAGGUGAAUGUAAACCAGGACUGGGGAUCAUUCAAGGGCCAGCACUGCAUGGUGACAGUAGAUAUGAAUGUCUCACAUUACCUCCCAGCAUAUGAGGCACAAUCAUUACCAUCAGCAAUCCCAUUUAAGUGGGCAAUAUGUGUGCCAUCUUCAUGUGUUGCUGCUGAUGUCGAGGAUUUUUUUACCACUGCACUUCAUUACACUGUAAAUGUGAAUCCACUGGAAUGUCACAUUCAAGGACCUAGGCCAUUUCUACCAGUUGACUGGCUUGCAAUAAUAAUUCUCAGCUUCUUUGGCCUGCUAUGUGUUCUCAGCACUGCAUAUGAUCUCAUUGUCACGGAUCCAUGGAGUCGCAGAGAAAGUCUGGUGGUCUUCUCAUGGUACACAAAUGGCAAACGACUCCUGAACACAGAUCAUUCUGAUAAUACGCUCCACUGUCUGCAUGGCAUACGGUUCCUGACUAUCAAUUGGGUUGUUUUGGGGCACGCAUAUGUUACAGAAAUGUUUUCUCCUAUAGUUAAUUUACUGUACGUGACUAUCAAUUGGGUUGUUUUGGGGCAUGCAUAUUUUACAGAAAUGUUUUCUCCUGAAGUUAAUUUACUGGACACUGUAAAAAGUAUCAAAGACUGGGGACAUAUUGUUAUAUUAAGUGCAGUGCUCUCUGUUGACACUUUCUUCUUAAUAAGUGGCACACUGCUGUGUUACAUCUUCAUGAUGACUGGAGGAAGGAACUUCAAUUAUCUUAUCUACUUCCUUCAUCGAUAUAUGCGGACAACACCUAUGAUGGCCAUACUUAUUCUUGUGUAUACGGGUAUCAUCCUGCACAUGGCAACUGGUCCUCUUUGGGACAGCUUCCUCCAGAUUGAAGUGGCAUAUUGCAAAAACAACUGGUGGACAGCAAUAUUGCACCUCCAGAACUACAUUAAUCCGUCAGAAAUGUGUAUAUCUGCAACAUGGUACCUGAAUGUGGAUAUGCAACUAUAUUUGUUGUCUCCUCUAUUGCUUCUGCCCCUUGUCAAGAGACCAAAAAUUGGACUAAUUUUACUUCAGGUGGUAACAGCAGCUUCUAUUGUCACCUGCUUCUUGCAGAUGUAUUUCCAUAGAAAUGAAAUUACAGAUUUUCUCAAAGGGGAACCUAUUAAUGCAAAUUACUACUAUACACAUACUCGAGCUUCACCCUGGUUUAUUGGAAUCAGCUUGGGUUAUUGCCUCUUCCACACCAUCCAAUGGAAGAAGGACAUUGCUGCUGGAAAAAGAAGAAACCUUUCAAAGAAAGUCUUAGUUGCUGGUUGGCUGCUGGGAGCUGUUUGUUUGCUCACUCCAAUCCUCGUACUACAUGAAAUAAUACAAGACGACAAUUAUUAUCAUAGUAUAAAGUUGCAAGUGUAUGCAGCUCUUUCAAGGCCAAUAUGGUCUAUGGGAGUUUCCUGGGUCAUCUUUGUCUGUGUGGCAGGAUAUGGAGGUCCAGUGAAUAAGUUCCUGUCAUGGAAAUUUUUCCAUCCUAUGAGCCGUCUGACCUACAGUAUUUAUAUGCUUCACAUGUUCUUCAUGAGAAUAAAGAUGGCUUCAACCAAAACUCCACUCUACAGUGAUGACAUGGAGAAGAUCGAAUUCUGGUUUUCAACAAUGGUUUUCACAACCCUGCUGGCAAUUCCUGCAUCAUUGACAUUUGAAUCCCCUAUAAUAAAAAUUCAGAAGAUGCUUUUGGGUGACCGGCUAAAGCAGAAGAACCAGACAGAACCCGAAGUCAGUAAUACAUCCCAACAUGAGGAGAAGAGAAACAACGAUCCUCUUCCUGGAUCUGUUGUAAUUCCUGGCUCAAGCAUCAGCCAGGAACUGAAUACAUUACCAAAGUACCCAUCAAAUUUAAAUACUUCUGAAGAAAACAGUGCUCACAAUGGAACACAAUGAACUGACCAACUACGGCUAAUUUAUAUAAAAAAAUCCCUCUCCAUCAUGUAAACAUCUCUAUGUGGGCAUAAGUUACGUUGUUUAUGAUAUUAUACAAUACGGUGUUAGUUUAAAUAGAACAGAAAUGGUGAUUAAAAAAUAUGAACAUAGACUUCAUAACAUUUGAACAAAACGUCAACGUACUGUCACAUCAGAAAUGACGUACCACUUACCAUAACCCUUUCCAUGCAUUAAACAAACCAUCAUGUUGAAAAUAAUUUCUGUAUUUGAUAAUAUAAAUGAAAAUUAACACUACUAGCA